GGACGGCAAGAAAACCCAAAAGAAACAUAUCUUGUGUUGUCGUCUCAAUUCUCAACCAAUCCAUUUGUUUUGCAUCUUGUGCAAAAAUAGAAGAAAACCGGCAAUGGCACUCUCCUCCAUCUCCCCAUUAUCCAUAAAAUCCCUCAACAUUUCUUCAUCAAAUUCCAAGGUUUCAAAGCCCUUUGCCAUAGUCUGUCAGCAAAAUUCCUUUCGCGAUUAUUCUAGGCACUCGGUUGCCGACUCAGAAUCUAAGAAAUGGAGGAAACUGGUUUCCACUGCGAUGGCAGCUGCCAUUAUUACUUUCAGCUCCAACAACAUGUCCGCUCUUGCUGAUCUCAACAAGUUUGAGGCAGCUACUCCAGGGGAGUUCGGGAGAGGUUCAGCAGCCCAAUUUGGUUCUGCAGACCUCAGGAAAGCAGUACAUAUGAAUGAAAAUUUCAGAGCCAAUUUCACGGCCGCGGAUAUGAGGGAAUCUGAUUUUAGUGGUUCAACAUUCAAUGGUGCAUACCUCGAGAAAGCAGUUGCAUACAAGGCAAAUUUUUCAGGUGCUGAUUUGAGCGACACGUUGAUGGACCGCAUGGUCUUGAAUGAAGCCAAUCUCACAAAUGCCGUGCUCGUUAGAACGGUUCUCACCCGUAGUGACCUCGGGGGUGCCGUCAUUGAAGGUGCUGACUUCAGUGAUGCUGUUCUGGAUCUUCCACAGAAGCAGGCUCUUUGCAAGUAUGCAAGUGGCACCAAUCCUGUUACAGGGGUUAGCACCAGAGUAAGCUUAGGUUGUGGAAACAGUCGACGCAAUGCCUAUGGUACUCCAUCUUCUCCAUUGUUAAGUGCUCCACCACAGAAACUGCUCAAUAGGGAUGGUUUCUGUGACGACGACACUGGUCUUUGUGAGGCAAAAUAAUAUCAAGACUUGGUAAUUAUAGGGACUGACAUUGGUUUAGGCGUAUAAAGAUCCAUGUGGUUUCUAUAACUAUGUAUAACAUAUGGAAGAAGAUGAUGAAUUUAUUUGUAUAAAGUUUUGAACAAAUAUGCAUAGAACACUUCUGUAUAACUUCUCUAUAAUCGCCACAGUAGAUUAAUUUGCACAAAUAAUCAUUCACCAUAUCAUUAAGUACACAUCACAUCAGUUUUAA